AUAAGAGAAGGAUGAGCAUUCAAAGGAAUAAAUACACAGGAAACAAGUACCUGCAGCUGUACACAGUACAGAAGAGAAAAAGACUGUUCACACUAGAGUCCCUCAGUUAGGAUUAGUGGAUGGACUGAUUAUUGUACAGAUCUGUUUCAGGGACUAAGUAUGUAGGUACUGAUCCUGGGUGGGGGGUAGUGAAGUGAUGUGUGUGCCGCCUUGGUGUUGGCUUAGAAAAGGUCCAGUAUUUUAUUGUCUCUGGUGUAGCAGGUAACAUACUGGGUGAAUGAAGUUGGACAGGAUGAAGGAGCAGCAUGAUUGAAGUCUUCAGAGACACAUUCCCCAUUAUGACGGGAGGGAGGACAGGAUGGCUGACCUCAGAUCAAAACAUGAGUGAUUUUGUGGAGGACGAGGAGGUCAGAGCAGAGUCUCCAGUGUCCAGCAGCCUGUCCUUGAAGAGUGACUCGUCCAAACUUGAACCUCCAGCCCUCAGUAAUGAAUCUCAACUCUCAGACACAACAGGCUGGAAGAGGAGUCAGGUUUCUGAGGAGGAGCAGCUGUCCUGCUGUGCUUCAUGUCAGGACGUCCUGAAGGAUCCAGUCUCUACCAGCUGUGGACACUGGUUCUGCAGGCGGUGCUUCACCUCACACUGGGACCAGGCUGCUUCAUCAGGAGUCUUCUCCUGUCCCCAGUGUGCAAAAAAGUCCAGAACAGAUAGUGGACUGCAGGAGCUUACAGAUGAACAUAAGCUCAGUCUGAGGAGCAGAUGUGAGCGUGUUGCUGAAGGAAGUGAUGAAACAGGAAGCGGGACCCUCCUCAACACGAUCUACACUGAGCUGUACAUCACAGAGGGUCAGAGUGAAGACGUGAAUACCCAACAUGAGGUCAGGCAGCUUGACACGACUUCCAAGAUGAAGACCCUCCAUGAGACUUUGAUCAGAUGCCAGGACAUCUUUAAAGCCUCACCUGAACAACAGACCAUCAGAGUCGUUCUGACCAACGGCGUCGCUGGUGUUGGAAAAACCUUCUCAGUGCAGAAGUUCACUCUGGACUGGGCUGAGGGCCUGGAAAACCAGGAUGUCAGUCUGGUGGUUCUGCUGUCAUUCAGGGAGCUGAACUUGAUCAGAGAUGAGCAGCACAGUCUUCUCACGCUGCUCCAUGUUUUCCAUCCAGCAUUACAGAAGCUCACAGCAGAGCAGCUGGCUGUCUGUAAACUUCUGUUCAUCUUUGAUGGCCUGGAUGAAAGCAGACUUUCACUGGAUUUCAAGAACAUUGAGGUUGUGUCUGAUGUCGGACAGAAGUCAUCAGUCAACGUGCUGCUGACAAACCUCAUCGAGGGGAGUCUGCUUCCCUCGGCCCUCGUCUGGAUAACGUCCAGACCCGCAGCGGCCAAUCAGAUCCCUCCUUCACGUGUUGACAGGGUGACAGAAGUACGAGGUUUCACUGACGAGCAGAAGGAGGAGUACUUCAGGAGGAGGUUCAGUGAUGAAGAUCUGUCCAGCAGAAUCAUCUCACACAUCAAGACAUCCAGGAGCCUCCACAUCAUGUGUCAAAUCCCAGUCUUCUGCUGGAUCACGGCUACAGUUCUGGAGGACAUGUUGACUACAGACCAGAGAGGAGAGCUGCCCAAGACCCUGACUGACAUGUACUCACAUUUACUGCUGGUCCAGACAAAGAGGAAGAAGCAGAAGUAUGAUGAAGGACAUGAGACGAGCCCACAGGAGCUGAUGGAGGCUGACAGGGAGGUUCUUCUGAAGCUGGGGAGGCUGGCGUUUGAACAUCUGAAGAAAAGAAACAUCAUGUUCUACCAAGAAGACCUGGAGCGAUGUGGUCUGGAUGUCAAGGAGGCCUUGGUGUACUCAGGAGUUUGUACAGAGAUCUUCAGAAGAGAGUGUGUGAUCUUCCAGAAAACAGUCUACUGCUUUGUUCAUCUGAGCAUUCAGGAGUUUCUGGCUGCAGUCUACAUGUUCCACUGUUACACCAACAGGAACACAAAGGUUCUGGAGGCUUUCCUGGGGAAAAAACGUGUUCGUUCAGCCCUGGAUGGCUUCCUGAUGGAAGCAAUGAUGAAAUCCAUGAGGAGUAAAAAUGGUCACUUGGACCUCUUUGUUCGCUUCCUUCAUGGUCUCUCUCUCAGGUCCAAUCAGAGACUUUUAGGAGGCCUGCUGGGUCAGACAGACAGCAGUCCAGAAACCAUCCAGAGAGCCAUCAACAACCUGAAGAAGAAGAAGACCACGGUCUCUCCUGACAGAAGCAUCAACAUCUUCCACUGUCUGAUGGAGAUGAACGACCACUCAGUACAUCAGGACAUCCAAGAGUUCCUGAAGUCAGAGAACAAAUCCAAGAAGAAGCUCUCGGGGAUCCACUGCUCAGCUCUGGCCUACAUGCUGCAGAUGUCAGAGGAGGUUCUGGAUGAGUUGGACUUCACGAAGUACAACACAACAAAGGAGGGACGACAGAGACUGAUUCCAGCUGUGAGGAACUGCAGAAAGGCUGUGUGA